GGCGGACAAAUGUUGAGAAGAGAAGAAUCAAGUAAAAUUAGAUUUUAUUUUCUGCAAGCUAUUUGUUAUCCGUUUUUAUCUAGCAAAGGAAUCAGUCAGCUACAUGUAGGCUACACCAAGCUUUCUUCUUAGUUAGUCACUGAGUUAGUGGGUGAAUUUCUUAUUUAAAUGGUAAAAUGACGUAAAGGUAUAAAACUGAGAGAUGUAUGAUCCAGAGGGCAGUCAUGGUGGAAAGGGAUCGCAUCGUAGGCGUCUGCCUCCAAUACAUGCUAUUGGUAAAAUGCAAACGGUGGACAUGGAUGAACCACCGGAUAUUCCCAUGGAAAUAUAUGGUUAUGAAGCAGAUGGUGACCUGUCCUACUCAUCCGCUCUUGAAACUUUCUUUGAUGCAAAUGAUGCAGAAGAAAGCAUUAAACAGCUGCGUAAAGCUUUUCAUGUUGUAAAUCCUGGUCGUUAUGCCUUAAGAAAAUCACCUGACACAGGUGGUGGCCAUUUUGUCCAUUGUCCAAGAUCACCAUUAUUAGGCCGUCAUUAUGCUGAACUACGUAAAUUAAUGGAAAAUCGUGCUCGUAUUGAGUUUGUGCGAGAUUGUAUGCAUAAAGUACGAGCGGCCGCUGCGUAUGUGGAGGAAUUAGAAGGAUUAGUGCAUUGUGAAUAUAGAACAGCUUACGCAAUACGUCAUGGAUGUGCUUCUGAGCCUCCUGUGAGUAAAUUAUACUGUCUCAAUGCCUUAUGCGAGGAUCUUAGAAUACAUGUCAACCAUUGGAAUACAAUAAAACAGAAACUGAAUUCUAACAAAUGGCUACAGAUUAAUCUUGGCUUCCUUUCUCUCGAGAUUGAUUACGUGAAAAGAAUGUUAACGACUUUAUGUGAUCGGGCAAUUUGGUGGUUAGAUAAGUUAAUUGUUACUGGCUUUGAAGUUUUUGCCCAUUGUGAUGUAGAAAAAUUAACUCCUGAAGUUUUAUGGAAUGUUACACGAGGUUUAGAGGAGUUUAACACUAUUGCGCAGAGUUUACGCUCUGUUACUGUUGUAGAGGGAUCUACGAUUCUUCAGUCUCUCUUACCAGCAAAAUAUUUAUUCAAUAUGUCAUGCCUUCAUCUUGAUCCCUCAUUUUCAAAUUUUCCCUGUAACCUAAGUCAUUCAGUAAAAGGCAUUCCAUUUUCCAAAGUGCUCACACUUCUGGCAAAAGAACGCUCACGCUACGCGGCGAGUAUUACUCAUAGGUUUUUCACGGCCAACGAUGAUUUUAUCAAAAUACUGCAAAUGGGAAAUCUUCCAGUUUUUACAUGGAAUACAGAUAACGAAAAUAGAAAUACAAACUCAAAUCAGGUUUCUAAAAAUGAUAUCCUUUUCCAUGAUACAUCAGAUUACCACACUGCUACAGGUAGUAAUACAAGUCUGAGUGCUGCCAUUUUGAAAAUAGGAACAUUAAGAGUUCCUGAUCUUUCUCUCUACAUGUCUCCGUUGGUGGAUUUUUCUCGGAAGGAGCAGGAAUUUACAGAAAACUUUUUGCUUGUGGUUUGUAAUUCGACAAAUUUACUCAGGAAAAAUGACUCAACUAAAAAAGUGCGACACAAAGACGGGAAAGAUGGUAAAGCAACUUUUAGUCCUGUGGUGGGACGGCCUCCAAGAAUUCAAGGUGAUAUGCCUGUUUUAUCCCGCUCUGAUUCCAGACGUAAAACAGUCUCAUGGGGAGACAAUGCUGACUGUUCUGUUCGUAAUCAAAUUGUUUCAAAAUAUAUGGAUAUCAUGUGGAUGUGGUUUGGCCAGAAUCUAGAUCUUUGUCUGGAUGAACCCUCGUGGGAAAUCCAUAAAAAUAUGUUGAAGAGUGAAUUUGGAAGUAUAUUAGUAUGUAAUGAUACAUUGAUAGCAGUUUUACGUCAUAUGAUGGAACACGCCUGUAUGAAAGAUAUAUUUCCUGUUGGAUCUGUUCAGCCAUUGUUAAAAGUUGCCCACAGAUUAACAAAUUUAUCUGCAUACUCAGCCUGGGAUACAGCAUUAUGUAGUGCUGUGAGCUCUCAAGCUGUUGAUAAAUGUUAUCCAUGUCCAUUAGCUAAUGGAGAAUAUAGUACAAACACUGCCAGAUUAUUACGUGAUUCCUACAGACCACUACUUAUAUUAUUCCAUGACAUGCUUAGAGAUUUAGGAAUGAUAGAUUUAGAUAAUAAUAACAUGUUACCUAAGUUAGAGUUGGACCAUGGUUUACAAUUGGCUGCUGGGAUAUCUUGUCGUCUGCUAUCGACAUGUCAGUCAACACAUGUUUGGUGCACUAGUAAAACAGAACAGUUUCUAGCUUCUUGGGCAGUUAAUCCAUUACUGUUGAUAGUUCAAGCAGAUCUCAGGAUUCUGGUUGACGAAACGAAACAAGCAGCUUUUCUCCUACAGACAUUAAAUUCUCAACUAGGAGCUCAACAUGUUUUAUGUAAUCACAUAUCAGCUGAACAAAUCAACUAUUUUUAUCUUUCUAUAAAUAAACUCAAUUCACAAUUACAGAGUUUGUCUGGUGCUUCCAUGAAAACAUUUUCAAAGAAAUUAAAGUCUAGAGCAUAUUCUUUAUUUGAAGAGACCAUGCCACCUGCAAAAUCUUGGAAGCGUAAAACCACGCCAGAUUUUCCUGUGGAAGCAAACCCAUAUGUAGAACAGGUAUUAGAAUCUGUAUUAGAACCUGUAAUAGAGGGAGUAAGUAAAUUAAAACUACCUUCCCAAAUAUCAGUUAUAUCUCUAGCAACUAAAGCUAUUUGUGAAGCUUGGACCACUGUUGUAUUAAAAGAGAAGAUCAAAUUCAGUGUAACUGGUGCCCAACAACUGAAUGCUGACUUUACUUAUUUACGGACAUGGCUGUCAGAAUAUAUAAGUAACCCAGAAGUAAAACAAAGUAUACUAGAAUUACCUGUAUUUAAAUAUUUAAAUGGUAUAAUAAUAAUUCUCAAGAAACAACCUAGAAAAAGAGGUGUUAGCAGGUUUCGUGAUCCAUGUUCAGUUGAUGAUUUAAGGUGUGAUAAUGCUAAUACAGUACAAGAUGUAGAAGGUUCAUCAUUAGCUGUUGCGGGUAUGGACAUGGAAAACACACAGGAUGAAUCUGAUAUCUAUAAUGUACCUAAUAUGGAGGAUUGGAUGGCAUUGCGUGUUCAUGGUGGAUCAAGAUCAUGGAAGCUUCCAUUCUGUUUUAGCGGAAAAGUUACUGAAGGAUAAUUGUUAUUAUUAUAAUGAACUAAAUUGUGAAAUCGUACCAAUAUCUUUCUUAUUACCAGAAUAAAGCCAAAAGUUAUUUAUACCAGUGAGCAUGUUAAUAUUGUGAUGGAAUAUUUAACCUAGUACUGUUUGCACUAGAUUAUCAAAGAAACCAUGAUGGCACUGAAUCAUAUCUGGCCUACCGGCCAUAAAACUGACUGUUACUCAACUUAUUAAAACCACAUUUUUGGCAUAAUAUCUAAUUUUUCAUGGCAUAAUCCAUUCUAAAAUGUACUCAGAUUGAUUAUUUAACAUUUUACUAAGAAAACAAAAUCAGAAUAUCAACGGUAUCCCCUGGCUUGGGAUUCAAUCAAACUAAAAUGAGACCCAUGAAAAGACUGUAAUUGGCUAUUGAGGGAGUUAAGUUUACCCGGUUUGUUCCCGGAAUGCCAGCAGACUGUUAAUUCAUUAAUUAAUCAUUUAUCUAUACUCUGUCUGUUUAAAACUUGUCACUCGGGCAUAGCGAGACACUGUGCAGUGUUGAUGAGCUUGAUCCUUAUUAAACAUACAUUAUACAAGAGCUAAAUCUGCCUAUUGCAGGUCUUUCUUUAGGCCUGAAAUGUUAUUUAAACUAUUAAUUACACAUUUAUUAACAAAACAAGACCAUAAUCAACUCUCGAUGGCAUCGAAUACUCACGAUUUUAACUAGAUUAGAAAGAUUCGCCAUUUAAAAAUUUAAUUUAAAAAUGGGAAAGCGAGGCUAAGUCGCGAAUAUACCAGUGCGCUAGUACCACUAUGCACACAUCUUGUCAAAACAAUAAACAGUGAUAAUUUGGCUCAGAAUGAAGUAAUUUGGCUGAAAUUUUCAAUAUUUUCUUCUUGUAUCAUCUAUUUUUGAAUUAUUAUAGCAAGAAUGACCAACUCUUUAUUAAACUCUUAACUAAUGUAUCUUUAAUAAAGCUUUUAAACUUUAUUAAUAAGGAUCAAGCUCAUCAACACAUUCUCAACACAGUUUAUGCCAUCUUUGGCUUCAAACAUGAAUUCAAUUCACCAUUUUAAUAGAAAUGGAUGGACUUGUCAAAAUUAUCUUUCUUUCAAAAUGGCAAAUUCGCUUCAUCUCCAAUCAUCGAGGCAGCCAAAAUUUACUACACAAAGGCUACAAAUAUCGAAUAAAGUCAAGCAGACCUAAUGCCAUCCAUUGGAAGUGUUCAACAAAAACAUGUCCAUUGUCCAGCAACUCUAAACACCAAUAAUGAUAUUCUUACUACCAUCAGAUAUGAACAUAAUAUCAACCAGAUAUUGUAUUUUAUCCUAUAUAUCUAACACAUUUUUUGUGUGUAAAUUAUUUAAUGUUAUAUUUGUUACAAUCAAUGCAGUUUUCUGCUUUAAGUUAGAAAUGGACUGUAGUUUAUAGCACUAUUGUUCUCAGAUUACCUCUGGAUAAGUGGUAAAAUAUGACAUCAAAGUUUGCGGGCAUUCCGAGAACACCUCGUUUACCUUUAUAGUUGGAAAUAAUGUAAAUACAUUGCUUUUUUAACAUAUUAUUUAGAUUGGGACAAAACAAUAUCUUAAAAGAAAAAUAUUGACAAUUUUUUAAAAUUUAUUUUAUAUUACCUUGAGCAUCAGUUUAAGAACAUGCCAAUGAUACUGUGUAACUUGAGAUAAAAAAAUUAUGGUAACUUAAAUGAAUUUGCACUCUUUAUUAAAGUUAAAUAUGCAUAUUUAACACCAAAUUUUGUAUUAAAAUUUUCACAUUUCUCAGCACAUUGUAUAAGCCCCUUAUAUUUAUUAUCAUAAUAAAAUAUAUUUAAGAUAAGUGCCAUAAUAUUUAAAUAUAUAAUUGAUAUUAAUUUAGAUUUGCAUCUAAUACUCAUUUUUGAGAGCUUAGAUUGUUAUUAGUUAUGUACUAUAAUUAUAUAUUUCAGGGUUGUCAUAUAUCAUAUAAGUGCACACCUAGCUCAUUGCUAUCAUUGUCCAUGAGCAUAAAAGUAAUUAUUGGUAGUUGUUAAUUAAUUUAUUAUAGCAAUGCACAUUGUGUUAUCAUUACAAUGAAAACCUAUUUUGUGGCCAAAAAUGGAUACCAUCGGUGAAUCAUUAUUACAACUUACAUGGAUGUUUGUUAUUUAUCAUAAUCAAAAAUUGUUAUUCAUUCUUUUAUUAUUUAUGUUUUAUGUACAUGUAUUGUUUACUUUUGUGUGUCUGUAGUUUUACAAUUACUAUAUGUACACUUUUUGUGUGUUUAUAAUUAUAUUAUUAAAUGUGAUUUGCAAAUCUACUUCAGUGUGCUAGGAUUGCAUUGUUUUAGUCUAGAAUUGACUGAUCUGUCUUGUAUAUAUCAAAGAAACUUAUUUAAUUAUAUUGAAAUUUUUUAUGCUUUCUACAUUGUUUACUCGUUAAUUGUACACUAUUUUACUCAUAGAAUCAUGUUUGUCUGUCUGUCGUCCACAAUUCUUGUAAAGACUCUUAUAGCCUACAUUUAAAAUUUAUGUAUGUUGUGACAAAGAAGUCUAGCGAUUUCUGAAAAUAAAUUCCAGAGUUAUUGCCCAUGAUCAUUUUGUUGAAUGCUGUGGUGAAUGCUCUAAUGACAAAAAUUAUCACCACUUCUGCUGGAAAUUCACAUGCAUUGUUACGAUUAUUGCUCUUGAUUAUAUCAUAGAAUCUUGUCAAUGGACUAGCAAUAUCAUACACUGUAAAGAAUUUUCUUUUUGCUUACUUAAAGAUUCACAAAGGACUGCUUGGACAACUUAGCUGCAGUGGGCAAAUGUUUUCUUACCUGGCAACCUAUCUUAUUUUACAAUAAGAUGUUUAUAUCUCCACAAGUCAAUUUCUGUCCAUCUCUUUUGAGUUUCAGUAUCCCAAAUUUAUAUAUUUGCAUGUUUGUUUUAUAUGUUAGACAGUAUAUCACCAUAAUAGUGAAUAGUAUAACUAUAGAUAUGAAAUAAUACAAACAUAUCUAACUAAAUAUCUAUCUGAAUAUUCUACUAUGUUCGAUAUUAUGUUCAAGAAUCUCAACUCUUUGAUUUUGGGAAAAUAAAUUAUUGAAUUGGGUUGAUCUAAUAACAGAUGGGGCAAGGUCUAUAUGAUUAAACGUUUGUUAAAAAAGAUAAAGCACAAGUUGGUUUAUUUACUAAUUUUAAUUGAUUUCUUGGUUUAUACAAAACACAGUCAGUUAUAUCUCAUUUUGCCGUCUUCAUUAGCCUAGUCGAAGCAGAACAAAACUCCAUUUCAUUUCAAUCUCAUUUUGCCUUUAUCUGUGGAUGUAAAAUUUUGAAGAACGACAGAUUCUCAUCCUAUAAAAUCAACCUAAUUAAAUGAACAAUUUUAUUUUUGACUUGACUCAAAUAGGGUGUGCCCUUUUCAGUAGCAGAAAUAGAUCCAACUUGACAUAACACUGAACUGUAUAUUACAUGUGCCAUGAAAUUAAUGCAACCUCAAUUAAUAUAUAAUUCAAACAAUUUUAUGUUAUCUUGUAGCAGUAUAUGUAACUAUUAAAUUGGUGUGAAUUCGAGUAAAGAAUACAAAAUUUUGUAUGUAUUUAGCUAUAUAUCUGUAUACUAUAAACUAUUAUAAUUACUUAUAUCUAGACAGAGCAUGAUCACUUGUUGGCUGUGACUAAGUAAUCUGUGUGUAGAUAUGAUAAAGAAAAAUGUACAUUAUGACUAGCUAGUCUUGCCUUGUAUUAAGCUACCGGUUUUCAUUUAUGUCCUGUAAUACAAGGCUUUUAUAUUACUUAUUUAGAUAGGUACUGUUCAACACACAUAAUCAAAGCAAGAUUAUGCAAGAUGAGUUGUUCAUGAAUUAAGGUAAGUAGAUGUAGAUCCUCCAGUAGGGAACAAAGUCUAGCCAAGUGAUGAAGCAAACUAUUUAAGUUGUUAAAAUAACUAGGUAAUUAGUGUCAUAGGAAAGGAAAGUGCCUUGAUAUUGUAAUUUUUGAUAUUACACAAAUGUUAUGUUCUGUAUGGCAUAUUUACAGAAGAGGAAUGUAACCUGAACCUGUGUUUCUUUCAAUUUUUUUUUCAAAUGCAUUUAUUACAUGACAUUUUAUUCAUAAAUCAAUGAAUUCCAGUAAAUUUAUUAAUGUAGGUAUAUUCACAGUAAGCAUUGUUAAAAUACUUUUAGUGCCAAUAGUAUUUAACCAUUACACAUUAAUGAAAUGUGACUGUGUUAUUUUCUUUGUAUGCAUACUAAUUGUUUAUUUAUGGACCAUCUGCGAAGCUGGCCAAGUCUUUUCAGAAAUGGUCCAAUUAUUAAAAGGGAAAGUAAAAUCCAGUGAUGUUUCCAGAUGUAGGCCAAAAUAAAAUCUUAUUGAUAAUUCCAAUUCAACAAUAGGUUUUCUCAUUGAUUUAUUUUAUUACAAGGUACACUUUUUAAACAAUUUAAUUUCUAUUUUGGAGAAAUAGAUGAAAGGUUUAUAAAUGAAUUAAAUUUAAAUUCUGAUUACAUGUUACUUAUAUAAAUAUGUAUCUAACUUCUACUAUCAAAACCUCAUAUUUUUUUUCUCUCCCAUUUUAUUUUUUACUUUAGGAGUGAAUCUCCUGCCCUUCUUUACCUAUUUAUUUAUGAAAUGUCUGUGAUACUAAUUAAAAUUUAUUUAUUUAUUGUUUUGUGUUUGUUUUCCCCAUUAUUUGUAUCUUAAAAAUCAGCAAAUAAAAAUAUUAAAUUAA